AUGGAUUCCGACGAGGACCUCGCGUCCACCCUGGGGAGCGAGGAGGAGUUUCUGCAGGACGAGAGCGACGAUGCCGAGGACUUUGAUGCCUUCGACGAGGACCCCGACGACGAGCCGGAUCUGGGGUCGCAGAAGGAGCCCAAGAAGCGGGUGGCCUACGACGUCAGCUACAAGGUCCACACCCCGAAUGACAUCAUGACCCAGCAGCACGACAUGAUGGACGAGGUCAACAUGAUCCUGGAGAUGCAGCAAGAAGAUGCCGCCAUCCUCCUCCGCUACUUCCGCUGGAACAAGGAGCGCCUGAUGGAGGACUACAUGGACAGGCCGACCAAGGUUCUGGAAGACGCCGGUCUCAGCAACAACAGCGCCGUCCGCCCCAAGCUCGAGGUCGUCCCGGGCUUCAUGUGUGACAUCUGCUGCGACGACGAUGACGGCCUCCAGACGUUCGCCAUGAAAUGCGGCCACCGCUUCUGUGUCGAUUGCUAUCGCCAAUACCUGACGCAGAAGAUCCGGGAGGAGGGCGAGGCCGCCCGCAUUCAGUGUCCGUCCGAUGGUUGCUCGCGAAUCAUUGACGCCCGCUCCCUCGACCUGCUCGUGACGGCGGAACUGUCCGGCCGGUACCGGGAGCUACUGAACCGCACCUAUGUGGAGGAUAAGGAUAUACUCAAGUGGUGCCCCGCACCCGACUGCGAGAAUGCCGUCGAGUGUGCCGUCAAGAGAAAGGAUCUCGACAAGGUCGUCCCCACCGUGGCGUGUGCGUGCGGCUACCGUUUCUGCUUUGGCUGCAUAUUGAGCGACCACCAGCCGGCACCCUGCGAGCUCGUCAAGCAGUGGCUGAAGAAGUGCGCCGACGACAGCGAGACCGCCAACUGGAUAUCCGCGAACACGAAGGAGUGCCCCAAGUGCGGCUCCACGAUAGAGAAGAACGGCGGGUGUAACCACAUGACCUGCCGCAAGUGCAAGCAUGAGUUCUGCUGGAUGUGUAUGGGACUCUGGUCGGAGCACGGCACCGCGUGGUACAACUGCAGUCGUUUCGACGAGAAGAGCGGCACCGACGCCCGCGACGCCCAAGCCCAGUCGCGCAAGUCCCUGGAACGCUACCUGCAUUACUACAACCGCUACGCCAACCACGAACAGUCGGCCCGCCUCGACAAGGACAUCUACAUCAAGACGGAGAAGAAGAUGGUCCAGCUGCAGACGGCGUCGGGCAUGUCGUGGAUCGAGGUCCAGUACCUCAACUCGGCCUCCCAGGCCCUGCAGACCUGUCGGCAGACCCUGAAGUGGACCUACGCCUUUGCUUUCUACCUCGCUCGCAACAAUCUUACCGAGAUUUUCGAAGACAACCAGAAAGACUUGGAGUUUGCCGUAGAGAACCUGUCAGAGAUGUUUGAGAAGCCCGUCGCCGACCUGGCGGACCCAAAGCUCAAGGUCGAGAUCAUGGACAAGACGGCCUACUGCAACAAGAGGCGUCUCAUCUUAUUGCAGGACACGGCCGAGAACUUGGCUGAUGGCCGAUGGACCUUCAACGUCGACUUGAAAUCGGGCGGGCGUAAAUAG